AUGGCGACCACCGCUUCGUUUGUGAGCAGCAGCUGCAUCAGCAGCAGAGCGGCGGUGCGCCCGGCGGGCGGCCCCCAGCUUGCCCGGCAACCGGCGGCGGCGGCAGGCGGCGCGCGGCAGCGUUCCCUGCCGCCGCUCAGAGCCGCGGCCUCCGUGAACGGCAGCAGCCCACCCCUGCAAUACCCAGACUUCUUUCCACCAGAGGCCGCGGACAUCGAGGAGCCCGCGGCGCAGCAGAUGAUGGCGGCGAUGCGGCGCACGCCGCUGCAGGUGGCGGGCCUGGGCGAGGUGCAGACGGCCUACGUGGGCCCCGCGGCGCCUGACACCUCCCGCCCCGCCUUUGUGCUGCUGCACGGCUUCGACUCCUCGUCGCUGGAAUUCCGCCGCUUCCUGCCGCUGCUCAGCCAGGCGGCAGACGUGUACGCGGUGGACCUGGCCGGCUGGGGCUUCACUGACUGCGGCUUUGGCGGCGGCCAGGGCGCCGACAUCAAGCUGGGUCCCGCGCAGAAGCGGGCGCACCUGCGUGCCUUCCUGCGGGAGGUGGUGGGGCGGCCCGCCACGCUGGUGGGCACCAGCCUGGGCGGCACAGUGGCCAUCGACUAUGCCACCAGCCAUCCCGAGGACUUGGCCAGGCUGGUGCUCAUCGACGCGCAGGGGUUCAUCGACGGCAUCGGCCCACUGGCCACCAUGCCCCGCUUCCUGUCCCAGCUGGGCGUCAAGGUGCUGCGCUCGGUGCCGCUGCGCCAGGUGGCCAACCAGAUGGCCUACCACGACAGGCGGCGGUAUGCCACAGACGACGCCAUGCGCGUGGGCCGCCUGCACACCAACCUGCCGGGGUGGACCGACGCAAACGUGGCCUUCAUGCAGUCGGGCGGCUAUGCGAUCAGCUCAGCCAUCAAGGACGUGCAGCUGCCCACGCUGGUGGUGUGGGGCCGCAACGAUGAGAUCCUCAGCCCCGACAAUGCCCAGAAGUUCAUGGACACGCUGCCUGAUGCGCGGCUGUUCUUCUCUAACCACCACUACGCCCAGGUGGCGGGCGUGUCGCUUGCCGAAUUCAACGCCAUGGAGCUCGAUUUCCUGCACAGGAUCGACUACCGCGCGGCCGUGGCCGUGCCCGAGCUGUGCGCCGCGCUGCGCGCAAUGCUGGCGCUGGCGGGCGGCCGCGCCGGGCCCUCGGCCCUCCUGCCGCCCGCCCCGCUGGCCGCCUGCGAGGCGGCCGCGGCGGCGGCAGGGGGCGAGGAGGAGGAGUCUGUCGACACCUCGGCGCCCAUCGCCGCGGCGCUGGAUGCGGCUGCCGCCGCCGCUGCCGACGAGGCGGAGCAGCUGCGGGCGUGCGCAGCCAGCGCCGCGCCGGCACAGCCCGCGCUGCUGCCGUGGGCCGGCACCGGCGCCAGCACCGACGUCGUGGCCGCCGAGGCGGCCGCCGAGGAGGCCGCGCAGCGCGCGGAGCCGCCGCGGCGCAGCAAGAAGCGGUGCAGCGCUGAGGCGGCGCACCCGCACCUGGCGCACGAGGAGCGCCAGCACCUGCCGGACGCCGUCUGCCAGGCCUGAGGCGGGCAGCGGCCUGCUCCGCUGGGCACCAGCCGCGGCUCGUGAGGCCCCUACCGCCGCCCCUGCCCGACGCCAAACCACACACGACUCUCCACAAAUACCCCCCCCCCAUUUUGACCCUGCGAUGCCUUUGGUUGACGUUUCAAGACCGCCGUGGCCCCCCCACCAUCCACACAUCCACCCACCUGAGCGCACCCCACCACCCGAUACUCACCAACGUCACCCAACACAACUGCUCUGCAACACAACUGCUCUGCCCCGUCUUUGUCAAGUGCCUAAGUUUUCCCCCUUUUGACCGCUCUUUUUCAUUUCCCAUGUCCCACCCCGUGCCCGACCCUUCUGUGUCUACCUGCAGGUAGGCCUCCCGGUAAGGAUGUGCCCCAUGAUGGGCAUGCGCUCUGCCGCACGAUGCCCCUUUCUUUCUGUCCUUUCUUCCUUUUCGUUCCCGCCACACCGCCAUUGAUUUAUGC